GUAUGAUUAUCGUGAAAUGCUGCACAAUGCCACUUUCUGUCUGGUCCCCCGUGGCCGGAGGCUUGGAUCCUUCAGAUUCCUGGAGGCCCUGCAGGUAUGAUUAUCGUGAAAUGCUGCACAAUGCCACUUUCUGUCUGGUCCCCCGUGGCCGGAGGCUUGGAUCCUUCAGAUUCCUGGAGGCCCUGCAGGCUGCCUGCGUCCCCGUGAUGCUCAGCAACGGAUGGGAGUUGCCAUUCUCCGAAGUGAUUGAUUGGAAUCAAGCUGCCGUCAUAGGGGAUGAAAGAUUGUUAUUACAGAUCCCUUCUACAAUCAGGUCUAUCCAUCAGGAUAAAAUCCUAGCACUUAGACAGCAGACACAAUUCUUGUGGGAGGCUUAUUUUUCUUCAGUGGAGAAGAUUGUAUUGACCACACUAGAGAUUAUUCAAGACAGAAUCUUUAAGCACAUAUCACGCAACAGCUUAAUAUGGAAUACACACCCCGGAGGGUUAUUUGUACUGCCACAGUAUUCAUCAUAUCUAGGAGAUUUUCCUUACUAUUAUGCUAAUCUAGGUGUCAAGCCCCCAUCCAAAUUCACCGCCGUUAUCCAUGCAGUUACUCCUUUGGUUUCUCAGUCUCAACCCGUGCUGAAACUCCUGGUCGCUGUAGCCAAAUCCCAGUACUGCGCCCAGAUCAUUGUCUUAUGGAAUUGUGAUAAGCCCCUCCCUGCCAAGCACCGUUGGCCUGCCACUGCUGUGCCUGUCAUUGUCAUCGAAGGAGAGAGCAAGGUCAUGAGCAGCCGUUUCCUGCCCUAUGAGAACAUUGUCACUGAUGCGGUUUUAAGCCUCGAUGAGGAUACGGUGCUUUCGACCACUGAGGUGGAUUUUGCCUUUACGGUUUGGCAGAGCUUUCCGGAGAGGAUUGUGGGCUAUCCUGCCCGCAGCCAUUUUUGGGACAACACCAAGGAGCGGUGGGGCUACACAUCUAAGUGGACUAAUGACUAUUCCAUGGUAUUAACCGGAGCUGCUAUUUACCACAAAUAUUAUCACUACCUGUACACGCAUUACCUGCCUGCCAGCCUGAAGAACAUGGUGGACCAACUGGCGAAUUGUGAGGACAUUUUAAUGAAUUUCUUGGUGUCAGCUGUGACAAAAUUGCCUCCAAUCAAAGUAACACAGAAGAAACAGUAUAAGGAGACCAUGAUGGGACAGACUUCCAGGGCUUCUCGUUGGGCCGACCCAGACCACUUCGCCCAGAGGCAGAGCUGCAUGAACACGUUUGCCAGCUGGUUUGGCUAUAUGCCGCUGAUCCAUUCUCAGAUGAGGCUCGAUCCCGUGCUCUUUAAAGAUCAAGUCUCCAUCCUGAGGAAGAAAUAUCGAGACAUUGAACGACUCUGAGGAGCCCAGCAGCGGGUGGGGGGAGGGAGGGCAACCGGACUUUUUCCCGCAGCCCAGUGCAAAUCCACUGACUCUUGGAGCCAGCCUGGAUCCUGGGGGCGGGGGGGGGGACACUUUCAAGAUGGCCGUUGGAAAAGCCACCAAAGUGCUGUCUCCCCAGGGGAAACGCGUUGUGCUGGACUGCUUCAAACCACCCUGCAGGGCCGCAGGUCGCUCGAGACUAGGUUGUGUACAGUUUCAUUAUGGAACAUUAAAUAAUUAUUUUUUGAAAUGAUUGCU